AUGGACCCCUCCAGCGGGGACCCUCCCGCGCCCUCCGCCGACUCCCGCGAUGUCAGUGACGUUGCCGCUGCCCCUUCCGCCACCCCUUUGGCGGACAGCGGGCCUGCCGCUCCGCAAGUCGGAAGUGCGGAAAUAGUGGAAGAAGCGGGCGCGGCGACGGCGGACGCGGCGGCACAUGAGGAUGCAGCAGUAGGUUCCGCAGCAGCUAAUCCGGCAGCAGCUGGCGCGCACGAGGUUCCGCAGUCCACGGGAAGCGCGGAAGCGGUAGCGGCGCAAUUGGAGGGAGCGGAGAAUGGGGGCAGCGGCGCCGAUGCCGGCGAGCAAGCCGCAGGCGAUCCGUCGCGAGAAGCAGAUGAUCGCAAGGGGGGGGAAGCGCGCAUGGAUGAGGAGGGGGAGGGCGCUGGCGGGAAGCGGAAUAGUGAGGCGACUCCCGCGGGCGGGAGUGGCGGGGAAGCGAAAGCGCAGGCUUUGCUGGGGCGAACGGGCGGGGCAACUGAGGCGGAAGGAGCAGAAAUAGGCGGGGCAGUUGGCACGGGUGAAGAAACAGUGGACCUGACGUCGAGAGGCGCGGAGAAUGUCGAGGCGAAGGAGGUUGUUGGGGGAGAGGAGAAGCCGGAGGGAAUCGCGGAGGUGAUAUCGGUGGAGAGCAGCGAGGGGAAGAAAGGCGUGGUGAUCUCGCUUGAGAGCAGCGAGGAGGAGGCGGGGCAGGGAGGGUGCGAGGAGGGCGAAACGGGAGCGCGGGUGGACGGCGACAGCGGGCGUGGUGGCAGUGCUGUGCGCGAUGGCGGGGCAGGGGGCACGGAUAUGGCGGAAGGGAAAGGGGCAGAGGAAGGUCAGGGUGAAGAGAAGGAGGAAGGGAAGGAUGGGAAGGAGGGGGGGGGAGCGAAGAAUGAGAAAGGAGGAGAGGCGAGCAAUGAUGUGCUGGAGACUGCAGGUGGUGCAGGAGGGGACGAUGCUGCAGGAGAAGCAGGCGCGCGGGCGAUAAGGGAAGGAGAGACAGAGUUGGAUGAAGAAAAAGGGGUGGGGGACGCUGUUGAAGCGGCUGGAGCGGAUGAGGGGGGCCCAGGGGGGGCCGAGGGUGGGGAGAGGGUCGAAGGGGAGAGUACGGUGGCAAACGAGGGGCGGGCAGGCGACAGCUGUGUUGGCAUGACGCCCGCGGAGGGGGGAGCGCAGGGGGAGGUGGGCGAGGAGGCGGCAGCGGUGGGGGUUCGGGUGGAGGGGGAAGCAGCGCAGGGGGGUGAAGGAGCGGAGGGGAAGGGGCCUGAUGGGGCUGUGGGAGGGGCGGGGGGGGGAGCAGAGGCGGGGGCGGGGGCGGGGGCGGAGGGGAGGGCGGAGGCAGAGGGCGGGGAAAUGGUGAGUGCAGGGGAUAGGGUGGGUGGGGUGAGUGAGGAGGGAGUGGAUGCAGAGGGGCAUGCGGCGAGAGCGGGGCUGCAAGCGGCUGGUGGGGGGCCAGAGGGGGAGGGAGGCGAUGGGAAGGAUGUCGGUGCGGACAAAGAGGGUGGUGAGGGGGCGGUGCAGGGGGGUGAGGGUGGUGGGACGGAUGGGGAGGGAGAGGGGAAAACGGAGGGGGGUGCAGUGGAGGGGAAGGGCGAGGUGGGAUUGGCAGAGGGUGGUGGGGCGGAGGGGGGCGGUGAUACGGGCGGUAAUGAGGAGAGUGGUGCAGGCGUGGCAGAGGGGAGCGAGGAGGAGAAGCAGACGGGAGGUGUAGAGAGGGAGGUCAGUUUGGGUGCAGGGACGAUGGAGGGCGAGGGGAAGGUGGGAAGCGCGUGUGACGAGAGGAAAGAGGUGGCAGGGCCUGAGAAGGAAACGGGUGAGGAGAAGGACGGGGUUGACAAGGAGAUGGGGAAGGCGGACGACGGAGACGCAGAUGCUGUGGGGAAGGAGGGUGGUGACGGGGGUGAGGCGAGUGGCGUAGCAGGCAUGGAGCAGGGAGCGAGUGAGGGUGCAGGGGCAGAGCAGGGAGAGAAGGUUGAGGGAGGCGAGGCAAAGAGCAUGGCGAGCGGGCUGGCAGGCGUGGAGGGCGCAGGGGCGUGUGAGGCAGGCCCCGAGGGUGCAAGGCAGGGCGAGACGGGUGAGGAGGGCGGGGGCGAGGAGCGUGGCGUGGUAGCAGAUGGUGGCACAGGCGAGGGUGGUGGCCGUGGUGGGGCGACGCACAAGGGAGGUGAGGAGAGUAAGGGGGGUGAGGAGAAAAAAGGGGGUGAGGAGGGAAAAGGGGGUGAGGAGGGAAAAGGAGGUGAGGGGGGAAAAGAGGGUGAGGAGGGAAAAGGAGGUGAGGAGGGAAAAGAGGGUGAGGAGGGAAAAGGAGGUGAGGAGGGAAAAGGGGCUGAGCAGGGCAAGGGGGUUGAGGAGGGAAAACGGGGUGAGGAAGGCAAGGCGGGUGAGGAGGGGAAGGGGAGUGAGGAGGGCAAGGGGGAAGGCGAGGGCAAGGGGGAAGGGGAGGGUAAGGGGGAACGGGAGGGUAAGGGGGAAGGGGAGGGCAAGGGGGAAGGGGAGGGCAAGGGGAAAGAGGAGGCUAAGGGGCAAAAAGAGGGCAAGAGGGAAGAGGAGGGCAAGGGGGAGGAAGAGCAGGCGAAGGUGGCGGCGGGAGGGGAGGCGGUGGGAGUGCAGGGGCAGAGCACGGAUGCUGGGCCGCGUGAGGCGCACGUUGGGGAAGGCAGUGGUGUGCGUGAGGCAGCAGGGGAUAGCGCGCACGGGGGAGGGGGUGAGGUGGGCACGCGUGUGAAGGAGGGUGGUGAUGCGGGUGGCGUGGGUGAGGGGAGGAGUCAGGAGCAGGGAGCGGGGAAGGUCGCUGGUGUGGUGCUGCUUGGGCAAACAGACACACAGUUGCAGGUGGAGGAGGGAAGGACAGCAGUAGAGGCGGCAGUGGAGAUGCUUGGUGGGGGUGCGGUGGAGCAGGCAGGUGCGGUGCAUGAGGUGAGUGCCCCACUGGCCGUGGCAUCUCCAGACGAGGCAGCAAUUCAGGGAGAUGGGCAAGUAGGGCAGCAGAGCGCAAUGCAUGAGGCUGGAGCGAAGCAGAUGCAGGAGGGUGGGGUGCAGGUGCAGGCGGAGAAAGGAGGGGCGGAGCAGGUGGCAGCAGCUGAGAAGCAAGCAGAUGGGCAACAACCGCAGCAGACACAGCCUGCACAGCCGCAAGAAGAGAAGGAACAGCAAGCGUUGCAGCAGCAGACACAAGGGCAACCAUCGCAGCCACAGGAAAAGCAGCAAGAGGAUAAGAAGCAGGAACUUCUGGAGCAACAAGAAAAGCAACAAGAGGAGAAAGAAAAGCCAGUGUUGCAGAAACAGGAAGAACAGCAGCAAGAGGAGGAGCCAAAAGAGCGACAAGAAGAGGAGGAUGCAGGGGUGUGUGGUGUUGCACAGAUGGAUGGGGUGGAAGGGGCAGACGCACCUGAGGGGCGUGCAGGGACGGAUGGGCACAACACCCAAGUGAGUGCAGAGAAGGACGAGCAGACAGCGAUGGUGGAGACAGGGAACGGCGAUCGGGGAAAAGAAAAGGAGGAGGAGGAGAAGGAGAAGAAGGCUGAGGUGAAGGAGCAGGAGAAGGAGAAAGAGGAGGUGAAGGAGGAGGAGAAGGAGAAAGAGGAGGUGAAGGAGGAGGAGAAGGAGAAAGAGGAGGUGAAGGAGAAAGAGGAGGUGAAGGAGGAGAAGGAGAAAUUGGAGGUGAAGGAGGAGGAGAACGACGAGAAAGGGGAGAAAGAUGAGAAGGAGGAGGAGGAGGAGAAGGAGGACAAGGAGGAAAAGGAAGAGGAGGAAAAGGAGGAGAAGGAGGAGGCGAAAGAGCAGCAGCAGGAGGGGGAGAAGGAGGAGGAAGAGCAGGCGGGGUCGGAGGCGGAUGCAGUGGUGGUGGAGAUAGCUCUCAGUGUGCCCUCGCUGCUGGCUGCCCAUGCACGCACUCGCCGGGCCUCAGCACACACGGGAGGUGGUGCUGUGCUGCAAUGGGGGGACAACGUGCAACGCUCCACCUUCACAUGGUACAGCCACCCCCAAUCCUCCAUGCACACUGCUCCCUCCCAACCUCCCUCCCGUUCCCCAAUGCUGCUCGCUCACGACCCUCCACCAUGCGUCCGUGCCUUGCACUUCACCCAUCUCCCACUUCUCUCGCUAGCCCCACCAGGAGCGCCACCAGCGUUUGUGCCGGUGGCCCUACUGGACCCUGACCGCCCGCUGCACCACUGCAUGCUCAAGCUCCCCGCAGACAUGCCGGGGCGUGAGGUGACAGCAGUGGCAUGGUCGCCCCCCUCGUGCGACCGUGCACUCGCUGUGCUCUCUGCACCCUCGCAUGUGUCCGUUACACGUGGCCGCCACUGCAGGCGCCAGCAUCAGUGCAGCCAGGGUCCUUCCACGACCGCUUCUUCCAGCCCCGUGCCCUCUCCCCCGGUACACCGCCAUGCCUGCUCCUGCCUGCCCUACCACCCUCCCUCCUCAGCACUUGCCAAUGCCCUUGCUGCAUGCCAUGUUGUCACGUGGCUUCUCGUGGAUCAGCAGGCCCCACUUUUCCUUGUGUAUCCCACAUUUCCAUCUCUCCCCUCACUCCCCUUCCAUCUCUCACCCGGUCCUUUCCUCUGCGCCCCUCUCUUCCUCCCAUCAGCGCACUGGCCGCGCUGCUCUCUGCCGUGCAUGGCGCUCGUGCUGCAGCCCAACACGCUGCUGCUGCUCUGGCGCUCCACCUCGCACCUCCCCCCUUCCUCCUCCUCCUCCUCGCCACCCACCCACAGUGCACAGACACCACAGACACCCCACCCAGGACUCCCUUCCUCUGCCUCCCUCUCCUCCUCCGCCCCGUCCCCCUCCCCUCCCCCCGCCUCCCCCCAGCCCCUCUGGCUCUCCUCCCCCCCCGCCUCUCUCCCCCUGCCCCCCGGCGGGGUGCUUUCAGCGCAUGUCAGCAUUGCAGGCCCCUCCCACUCCCUCACCCUCGCUCUCGUCCCCUGCGCCGCACCCUCCUCCUGCCUUCUCUUCCAUAUCCACACUCCCCCUUCCCCCUCCUCCGCUCCCCUCGCCUCCCCCAUCAGCAUUUUCUCCCCCUCCCCCUUCUCGUCCCCAGCCCUGAACCCCAUCGCUGCAGCUUUGCUGCUCAGGGGGGCGCAGGCCGGGGGAUUGGGGGGGAAAGGGAUGGGGGAUGGGGAGAGGGACGGGGGAGGGGUGUGGCUGGAGGGCAGGUUGGUGGCGGAACUGGGAGUGGGGGGGAAGGGGUUAAUGGCAGUUGGGGAGAGUGGUGGAGGGGAGGAGAGUGGGAGAGAGAGGAGGGAGGUGUUGGCAGUGUUGGUGGAUAACAAUGGGGGAGGCGGCAAGGAGGAAGGGGACUGUGUGGCAACGGUGAUUGUGGCAGUGGGCGUUGGUGAGUGCUUCCCUUCUCCUCACUCUUCACCCUGCUCUCCCUCACCCAACUGCCCUGCUGCCAUCCCUCUCUCAACCCACACUCCCUCACUCAUCAACCCCCACCGCUUUCCCUGCCUCACCCCUUCCGGUACGGGUGCAGCCAAGCAAGUGCACGGCUCGUCGCUGCAUGCACGGGCAUCAGUCCAUGCAGCGCCCACCAGCACGCCUCCCUCUGCGCUCUGCACGCUCUCUCUCACUGUGCAGCGCUGGCACCUGCGCCAGCAGUCAGCGCCUCCCCCAGUGCACCCCAUCUUCGACGCCCUAGCUGCCGCCCACGCCGCACCUGCACCGCACUCCGCCAUUCCCUGCCCCCAGACCUUCACCUGGCACCUCGCCUCCUCCUCCCCCGACCUUGCCCUGCUGCCCGCCGCCCCUCACCGCCCUGCCAGGGUGCCUGCCUAUGCGGCACCCACAGGGAGCACUGCUGCUGCCGCCCCCACACCCUCAUCAUCGGCGUCCCCAGUCACUACUGCGCUGCCUGCCGCCUCGCCUGCCCUUGUUCCAGCCCCCACGCCCUCUCACGCCAUGCCUGCCAUUGCUCUCCAGCUCUCUCCCACAGGCGCCGAGCUCGCAGUGAGCUGGCACAGCGCGUUCACACCUCAAAUGCAGCAGCAUGUAGAUGGCACUAGUGCUGCGGUUGAUGGCGUUUCAAUUGAUGGUGCUGCUGCCUCGCAUGAUGCCGCUGCACCCGCUGCUGUCACCGGUGCUACUGGCCAUGCACACAUCACUGCCUCGCCUAACGACCCUCUUCCACCUCCCACCUUACCCUCCACGUUCCCCCCCUCCAUGCCCUCCUCCUCUCACGUGCCCUGCUCCGCCAUCAUUCUCCUCGCCAACCCCUCCCUCCACCUGCUCGCCGUUGUGCACCCCCCACCGCACUCCCCCCUCCCGCUCUCCACGCCUCCCCCGCUCGCCUUCUCUCCCUCGGCGUGCUGCAUCGCCACGGCGUGGACCAUCCCCCUGCAGCAGCACCACGUGUCAGUGCGCAUAUCCCAGGUGCCCCACGUGCCCCUCGCGCCCAUUGCUGCCCUCCCUGCCACUGACACUCGUGCGCCCUCACAGCAGGUGCCACCUGCUGGUGUGGCGGUGGAGGCCAGUCGCGCAGAUGCCAUGGGGGAGAAUGGGGCAGCGGACGGACAAGUGGGAGGGGAGGGUGUGGCGAAGGAGAGGAAGGCAGGGAGGGAGGGGCGAGAGGGGGUUGCAUCAUGGGAGCGACAUGUGGCUGACAGAGUGCAGUGGGCGUGGGUGAGUGGCGUGUCGUGGUGGGAUGCUGCCGCCUCUGCCACUGCAGGCGCACCGCAAUCGCCAGUGCGCAGCACGUCGCUGCUGGCCCAUCUGGACGCGGACUUCCACGCACUGCCCGAUGCCUCGCUGCGCCUGCACUACUUCACUGAGCUGGACCGUCUCAAGUGCCGCGUGUUGGAGGGCGUGGGGGGAGCGGACGUGCGGGCAGUGAUGCUGGACGUGCAGGCGCGCGUGCUGCUGGAGGUGCUGGGGGGCGCCAUAGAGUCGGCGCUCGUGAACCCCGCCACGCUCAUCCCCUCGCCCUGGACGGCGUCCGCUGAGACCUUCUCCCAGCUCGGCAACGAUGCCAUGUCCGUCGACCCUGCGCUCAUCCCCACCAUCCAUGUAAGGCUCUCACCUCGUCACACUCUUGCCAUGCCGUCUCAUGCCAUGCUCUGUGUGGCGCCAUGUGCUUUCCACAUCCCCGACCUCCUGACCCACAUGCACAUUCAUGCCGGCGCCGCUGCCGGCGCUGCCGGAGGGAUGGGCGUGGGGGUGGGAGGGGGCGCGGAGGGCGCAGGGGGGGGCAUGCGGGCAGGGCUGGGGCGGUCGAUGGAGGACCGGCACGUGCGGCUGGGGCAUGGCAAUGGCGGGCUGGGGUACACCCCGGAGGAGGUGAGUGCGCAGGGAGGAAGGGGAGAGUCAGAGCAACAGGUGAAGGCACUGUUUGUGGUGUGCUCGGAGCUCUGCAAGAAGACAGCACCACUGCCCGCCACCAUGCCGCCCACCCACGUGCCCGCUGCUCCCACACCUGGCACAGCUGCAGCCACAGCAGGCAGCAGCGGUGGGGGGGCGGCGGGAGGCAGUGGAGGGGGGGGAGGCAGCAGUGGGAGUGGCAUGGUGGCGCGGCUGCAUUACCCACAGGGCUCUAUCUCCGUGCCUCCUGAGGCCAUAGAGGCCUGGCUCUCUCCGCAGAUGCAGGUGCACGUCCUCCCUCCUCCUCCCAUGCUCUCCUGCUUUUGCAUGCUCUCUCUCACACUGCCCUCGCCUCCGGGCCUUCUCCCCCCCCACACGCCAAUCCUUUCGUUGCCGCGGCCACGGGGAGCGGAUGCAGCGGCGCUGCUGAUGCGCGAGCUGGAGCUGCAUGCGCCCGCCGAGGACACCCUCCCCCGCCCCUCCCUGCCGCCCCCCUGGGCCUCCGUGCCGCCCUGCACUCAGCUGGCAGGCGGCGAGAGGGACUUGUGGGAGGAUGAUGAGGAUGAGGGGGGAGAGGAGGGGGAGGACGACAUGUGGGAGGGGGAGGAGGAGGACGACGAGGGAGAAGAGGGGGAUGAGGAGGAGGAGGGGUGGAGGGAGAGGGGAGGAGAGUGGAGGGUGCAUGGGGAUGGUGCAGGGGCGCAUGGCAAGAGGGGAGCGAGUCCCUCUGGGUAUAGCAGACAUGGCAAGCGGAGGAGGGUGCAGGGUCGUGCGGGCGAGGGGGGUGGGGACGAGAGGGCAGGGAGCGAGCGAGAGGAUGGGUGGAGAGAGGACAGGCGGGUGAGGAAGCGGGUUGGGAGAGAGGUAUGGGGUGCGAUGGGGAGGAGGAGAAUGGCGAGGGCGUGGAGGGUGGCGGAGGGAGCGAGGAGGAGGCGGGGCAUGAGGGGGAGGAGCAUGGAGGGGGGCGUGUGGGGCAGGGAGGCGUCGCUGCUGGCAGGCGGGGCGGGGGCAGGGCGAGUGGGAGUGUGGCCACGGAAGCGGCGGGCAGCGGAGAGGGAUGCGGCAGUGGGGCUGGCGUGCAGUGCGGGGCUGGGGGGCUUCCUGGGGCUGCAGGGCGGGCGCAGGGACGUGGUGGCCAGCACAUGGCGCUGGGGCGGUACUGCACAAUGGUACAAGUGUGUGCGGUGUGGGCGGCAGACAACCACCAUGGCAGUGCCUCAGUCCGUGCACGCACAGGCAGGAACAGCAGGGGCGGGGAGCAAUGGUGCUGGGGAGGGGGGCGGGGCAGCAGGAAUAGGCAGUGCAGGCAGCAGCCUGGCUUCUGAGUGGUGGCCUGCACGCUGGUCGCAGGGCUGCCCUGUGUGCGGUGGUAUGUGGACCUGCCUUGCUUGA